GUUUCUUUGGGAAAAAGAAAAGAGAGGAAAAUAAAUCAAAAUUAAGGAACAUUUAAAUUUCCAUAUACACUCUACAUAUAAAUCUCCUCCUCCUUCAUUUUCUCCUUCUCUCUCUAGAGUUUGAUACCGGCGAAGCACCACUGUUUCGCGUAGAUUGGACGGCGUAACGAAUCGAUGGCGGCUCUACAGUAUCUGGAAUCCCUGCGUAAUGCGCACCCGGAGCUGACCGAGUGGUACAACACGCUUUCAGAUCUGUACCAGAGGAAGCUCUGGCACCAGCUCACGCUCAAGCUCGAGCAAUUCGUCACGCUCGCCGUGUUUCAGGCUGGGGAUUCCCUAAUUCAACUGUACCAAAACUUUAUAACUGAUUUUGAGACAAAGAUCAAUCUACUCAAGCUUGCCCAUUUUGCUGUCAUAGUUUCUCGGCAGUAUUCAGAGAAAGAUGCUGCCAUAUCAUAUCUUGAAGGAGUGAUAGAGAAGCUCCGUAAUACCAGUAAAGUACGGAUAGAGGAGCCGAUACUUUAUAUCAAUAUGCAGAUUGGUUUAUUGAAGCUUGAGCAGGGAGACCAAAAAGAAUGCAAGAAACUUUUAGAAGAGGGAAAGAGCACACUUGACAGCAUGACUGACAUUGAUCCAUCUGUGUAUGCUAGCUACUAUUGGAUUUCAUCACAAUAUCAUAAAGCUCGUCAAGAAUUUGCUGAGUUCUACAGAAGUGCUCUUCUUUAUUUAGCUUACACUUCAGUAGAGACGUUGUCAGAAUCAUUUAAGCUGGAUUUGGCAUUUGACUUAUCUCUAUCAGCCUUGUUGGGGGAGAACAUCUACAACUUCGGUGAACUUCUUGCUCAUCCAAUUAUAAAAAGUCUUAUGGGGACUAAAGUGGAGUGGCUUUACUAUAUUCUCGAAGCAUUUAACUCUGGUGAUUUAGUGCGUUAUCAAGAACUGUGUCGUGUACAUGGAGCCGCUCUGAGUAGCCAACCAGCAUUAGUCCAGAAUGAGAAAAAGCUUCUUGAGAAGAUCAACAUUCUUUGCUUGAUGGAGAUCAUAUUCAGCCGGCCAUCAGAAGAUAGAACUAUCCCGUUGAGUGCUAUUGCUGAACGAACAAAACUUACAGUUGAAGAUGUGGAGUAUCUUCUUAUGAAGAGCCUUUCAGUGCAUCUGAUCGAAGGAAUUAUCGACCAAGUAGAGGGAACAGUUUAUGUGUCGUGGGUGCAACCCAGAGUCUUAGGGAUCCCUCAAAUCAGGUCGUUGCGUGACCGGCUGGACAAUUGGGUGGACAAAGUACACACUGCUUUGUUAUCCGUUGAGGCUGAGACACCUGAUCUAGUUGCAGCAUGAUCUUCUUAACUCUUAUUCCUUGGAUUUCUUCUGACAAUGCUUUUAGUAGGUCAAAUCUGUUGCUUCCACCGGAAACAAAUCAGUUGUUGGCCGCUGUGUACGGUUGUCUUGCAAUGCCUGUAUUUCUUUUCCCUUUUAAGGCAGAUCUCUUCCUUGAUGCGACUGAAUAUCUGUUUCCAUGCCAGAACACCAUACUUGUAAUACUCAUAUUACUUUUUGCUAAAUCCUUCUAUUGAACAGGAUCAUUGAAAUUUUUA